AUGAGGGUCGACAUUUCAGAUCUAGGCCUUGUUGCCGCCAUAGUCACAGCAUUCUUGCCCCUGCCAUGUACUGGUGCCGCCGAUGCCUCUAUCUCGAGCUUGGUUGCCUCAGCGAAAGCAGCGAGGGCACAGGGUCACAAUGCCGAAGCGUUGUCGUUCUUCGAUCAAGCAGUCAAGCGUGACCCUUCAGAUUACAUGAAUGUCUUUCAACGUGGAGCCACUUACUUGUCACUUGGACGUAACACCCAAGCCAAGGCGGACUUCGAUGCAGUGCUCAAACUUCGGCCGGGUUUCGAAGGUGCUCUCAUACAGAGAGGCAAGAUUCACAGUCGAAAUGCAGAAUGGCAAGCAGCCGAGGAGGACUAUCGACAAGCUGGAAAGAAGACAGAACAGGACCUAACCAGCCUGAAAGAGGCCAAAGAUGCUGCGACGCAUGCCAUCGAUGCAGAGAGAAGAGGCGACUAUGAGUCAUGUAUAAACAAUGCAGGUACUGCUAUAAUGGUCGCAGGUACGGCACUAUCUCUACGGCAGCUGAGAGCACGGUGUCGGCUUGAGAGGGGUGAAAUACAGGAGGCAGUAAGCGACCUACAACAUGUCCUUCAGAUCCACCCUGGAAACCUAGAACCUCAUCUGCAGAUCUCGAGUAUGCUGUUCUAUAGUCUCGGCGACACCGAGCGAGGUCUGAGCCAGAUCAAGAAGUGUCUACAUUCCGAUCCGGACUCUAAAGCCUGCGCAGCCCUCCACAGGGAAGAGAAAAGCGUAAGCAAGAGUCUCGACAAGCUUAAUACCCUGCUUGAGAAGAAACAGUAUGCAUCGGCCUCAAAGAUCCUCGUUGGCAGUGCUACGGAAGACGAUCCUGGUCUCCUGGCAGAUGUCAAAGCAAACAUCGCAUCCGCAAGGCAAUCGGGCUAUAUUCAUCCCAAGGCUGGCUCAGAACUUUACACACAGCUCGUGGAAAAAACAUGUGAAUGCUACGUCGGCAUGAACAGCUACAAGAAGGCAGCCUCCUACUGCAAGGAAGCAUUAACACUCAACCCAACCUCUCUCUACGGUCUGCUCUAUCAGGCCCAAACACAGCUCGACGCCGAGAACUACGACGCUGCGAUCGGAACACUCAACACUGCCAAAGAAAACCACCAAGGAAGUAGACAAGUCCAAGAGAAAAUGCAAGAAGCACAAACCCUGCUCAAAAGAUCCAAGAGCAAGGACUACUACAAAGCUCUCGGAGUCUCUCGCGACGCAGACGAAGCCACCAUCAAAAAAGCAUAUCGCAAGGCCACGAAAGAGUUUCACCCAGACAAAGCAAUGGCAAAGGGGGUCUCCAAAGAGGACGCCGAGAAGAAAAUGGCUGCUAUCAAUGAAGCGUACGAAGUUCUCAGUGAUCCUGAGCUGAAAGCACGAUUCGAUCGUGGUGAUGAUCCGAAUGACCCAUCUUCACAACAUGGUGGACAUCCGUUCCAGGGCUCGCCUUUUGGCGGCGGCAGUCAGCAGUUUGUUUUCAGGCAGGGUGGGCAGCAAUUUCACUUUGGUGGUUCCGGUGGAGGCAAUCCAUUUGGAGGGUUUCCAUUUGGCUGA